AUGGCGUCCCGCAAAGCCUCCGCCGCCGGGCAGGGCAACGGGCUGGCGGCCGCCGGCCGGGAGAGAGCCCACCUGGAGCUGGCCGAGCUGGGGCCGCUCCUGGAGGAGAAGGGGGACCCGGGAGCCGCCGGCUCGGCCAGCGCUGAAGACCCACCAUGCCCAGCGGCCCGUGAGGAAGAGGAGGAGGUGGUCCGUGUGCUGACUCUGCCUCUGCAGGCUCAUCACGCCAUGGAGAAGAUGGAAGAGUUUGUGUAUAAGGUGUGGGAAGGGCGCUGGCGCGUGAUCCCUUACGAUGUGCUGCCCGACUGGCUGAAGGACAACGAUUACCUCCUGCACGGACACAGGCCUCCCAUGCCGUCCUUCCGAGCUUGCUUCAAGAGCAUCUUCCGAAUACACACCGAGACAGGCAACAUCUGGACGCACUUGCUAGGUUUUGUUUUGUUCCUCUGCUUGGGGAUCCUGACCAUGUUGCGGCCCAACAUGUAUUUCAUGGCUCCUCUCCAGGAGAAGGUGGUGUUCGGGAUGUUCUUCCUGGGAGCGGUGCUGUGCCUCAGCUUCUCCUGGCUUUUCCACACUGUCUACUGUCACUCGGAGAAGGUCUCGCGGACUUUUUCGAAGUUGGAUUAUUCAGGAAUUGCACUGCUGAUCAUGGGGAGCUUUGUCCCGUGGCUCUACUAUUCGUUCUACUGCUCCCCGCAGCCAAGACUCAUCUACCUCUCCAUCGUCUGUGUCCUGGGCAUCUCUGCCAUCAUCGUUGCGCAGUGGGACCGGUUUGCCACCCCCAAGCACAGGCAGACGAGAGCAGGCGUCUUUCUGGGGCUGGGGCUGAGCGGCGUGGUGCCCACCAUGCACUUCACCAUCGCCGAAGGGUUCGUGAAAGCCACCACCGUCGGCCAGAUGGGCUGGUUCUUCCUCAUGGCCGUGAUGUACAUCACGGGCGCGGGGCUGUACGCCGCCCGCAUACCCGAGCGCUUCUUCCCGGGCAAGUUUGACAUCUGGUUUCAGUCGCAUCAGAUCUUCCACGUGCUCGUGGUGGCUGCGGCCUUUGUCCACUUCUACGGGGUGUCGAACCUGCAGGAGUUCCGCUACGGACUCGAAGGGGGGUGCACAGACGACUCUCUCCUCUGAGAGCGCCUGAUUUUAGUACAAGCUUCCUAAGUGCUUUUUAAACUCUGUCUUUGCUAAAAUCAAAGGAAGACUCAAAACUGUUUGGGGUUGUUGGUUGGGUUUGUUUGUUUGGUUUUUUUUAGGAAAAAAAAAAAAAGAAACAGAAAAAUUCUUUAGCAAAGUUGUCGACCAAAUCCUCACCCCCUUCCCCACGCACUUCGCGGGGGCUGAGGGGAGGCGCCAUGGGCCCCGGCAGCCAGCCCUGCCGCGGCCUCGCCUCCUCCAGACAGUGUUUUAGCUGCACCGGGGUCAUCCGACCUUCCCAGGCAUGCCGAUUUCCGAAAGCAAAGGGUGCGGGUACCCCGCUCCCGGCACAGCCCAGCACACCCCCUUCGCGAGCUCACCGCCGGAGCGAGCAGCGUCACGCACUACCAGGCCCAGGGCCAGAGAUUUUUUGCAUAUCCCUCGCAGCAGAGCCGCCUUGCUGGGGGCAGCUCCGCAGCCCCCAGUGCUGCUGCCCAGGGCACAGGCACAGAUUCGUGUAACUUAAGUUUUAAUUGUCUUUUGUUCUGUUUUCCUUGACAAAGUAAUGUAAACAUAAAUGAGAGAAUAUUUAAUAUUUAAUACGAAGCUUUAAAAAGACUUGCUGCCACCGCAGUGUACUCGGCUCCCUCGCUGUCUGUGGUAGUAAAGGAAGGACAGUGUUUUAGGGGAAUGUAGAGCUGCUCUAGCUGAUUGAAAUAAAAAGGUCAGUAGUUCAGUGUUGU